AUUCUACUGGGGCUGUACAUCAGGGUGCAAUAGUUUAAGUAUUUAUUUAAUUAUUAGUUAUAGCCUAGCUUUUGUUAUGAAUAAUAUUCUAAGCUCAUAUGUAGAUCCUACAAAAUACACAGUAGGUGGCAGUAAUGCUCAGAUAGAUUUGGAUACCAAGAAGAACAAGAACAACAACAAGCAGAAGAAGAAGACGACGACGAAGAAGAAGAAGAAAAAGAAGAAGCGCUAGUCUGGCGAUUGAGUGAAGACAACAGUGUAGUUAUAAUUUAGAGACCGAUGAACCUUAUACGUAUUGUCAUAGUGAAGAGCUUGUUGGACCAUCAUAUACUGUAGGAAACCACCAUGGCUCAGGUGGAGAAGAAAGUGGGUCUCUUGAGGCGGACAUCUUCUUCCAAGAGGCCGCUGAAGGAGAAGGUGGUUCUCAUGUACGAUGAUAUCUUUGCGAGGGAUGAUCCUGCCGUCACCAAUCCUCGCUUCUGGGAUGAACUCUUCCUGAUGAAGGUUAACCUGGAGUACUUGGAGGCAAAACUAGAGUCGCUCGACGGUGACGAAGUGUUGAAGAUUAAAGAAAACAUCAACAGCCUGUUUCACCACUGUAUCCAGGCCCUGGGGGAGGAGCAUCAGAUCAGAGUGGUUAAUGCAUUGCAGACCCUCUGUGCUUUGUUCAGAGGAGUGCACCAGAAGAAUAAGUCAGCUACUGGCUUUGAUAUCAUCAACAUGCUGAUGGGGUUUGACAAGGCAGAGCUGCGCAUGAAGGACCUGAUGGAGAGUCUCGACAGCCUGCUGUGUGGAGACAGCUCUGAGAGCUUGAAGAGCUUGUGCCUGAAGCUGCUUUUGUGUCUGGUGACGGUGACGGAUAACAUCAGCCAGAACACGAUACUUGAAUAUGUGAUGAUCAACAGCAUCUUUGAAGCAAUCCUACAGAUUCUCUCUGAAGUGUCGAGCAGAUCGCAGCAUGGCUACGAUGCCGUUGUCUUGUUGGCACUGCUGGUCAACUAUAGAAAGUAUGAGUCUGUGAAUCCCUACAUCGUGAAGUUAUCUAUUGUGGAUGAUGAGCCUACGUUAGAAGGAAUGGGCAUGGUGGUCCAUCAGGCGUUGACGGAGUACAAUAGGCAGUACAAAGACAAAGAGGAGGAACAUCAAGGAGGUUUCCUCUCUGCACUUUCUAGUAUGGUCGGCAGCAUGUUUGUAGCAGACGCAGAUGAGAAGCUAUCAGUCCAAACUAACGAAGCCAUACUCUUGGCCCUGUAUGAGGCAGUACACCUGAACAGGAACUUCAUCACAGUUCUGGCUCAAAGUCACCCAGAGAUGGACAUGGCUGCCACAUCUAUAGACCCUGUUCCAACUACUCCCACAACUCCACUGGGUACAACACCACCUAUGCUGGACUUGAUGAACUCGUCAGAGCUGCCCCUUGACCCAAACCUGCAGACCAGUAACCUUCUCAUUACCUUCCUCAAGUACUCAUCGAUUGUCAUGCAGGACACCAAAGAUGAACACAGACUUAAUAGUGCUCGGCUGUGUCUCAUUAUCCUGACUUGUAUUGCUGAGGAUCAGUAUGCUGAUGCGUUUCUCCAUGAUGACAACAUGAAUUUCAGAGUGAAUCUCCAUCGAAUGCCCAUGAGACACAGAAAGAAGAAUGCAGUCGGGAUCAGCCCAUCAAGACCACUUGUGUGUGCAGUCCUUGAUCUCAUGGUUGAAUUCAUUGUGACUCAUAUGAUGAAGGAUUUCCCCAUGGAUCUGUACAUGCAUUGUGUACAGAUCAUACACAAACUUAUUUGCUACCAGAAGAAGUGUCGGAUCAGACUGCACUACACCUGGAGAGAGCUGUGGUCAGCUCUCAUCAACCUGCUGAAGUUCUUCCUGUCUAACGAGACAACCCUGUUGACUAAGCAUAACAUCUUCCACAUGGCUCUACAGGUCGUGAACCUGUUUAACAUGUUCAUCACAUACGGGGACACUUUCCUGCCGACCCCCAACAGCUAUGAUGAACUCUACUAUGAGAUAGUGAGAAUGCACCAGGUGUUUGACAACCUUUACUGCAUGGUGCUCAGGGUCUCCACCAAUGCUGGACAGUGGAAGGAGCCUGCCAGCAAAGUCACUCAUGCGCUCAUCAACAUACGGGCCAUUAUAAACCAUUUCAGUCCGAAGAUUGAGUCCUAUGCUGCAGUGAACCACAUCUCACAGCUUUCUGAGGACCAGGUACUGGAGGUAGUUCGUUCCAAUUAUGACACACUCACCCUAAAACUACAAGAUGGACUCGACCAGUUUGAGCGCUAUUCAGAGCAGCCUAAGGAGGCGGCCUUCUUCAAAGAGCUGGUGCGGUCCAUCAGCCUGAAUGUGAGGAAGAACGUCUCUCUCAACACUCUCAGCCAGGAUCUUCUGCUCAAGGAGUUCUCCUCUAUAUCCUGAGACCCGCGACGCACAGAGACAAUGAAUCAAAUGGAAAGUGAAGAAUAGUGACCAAAAGUACAAUGUAUUUUACAGCACAAACAUCUCCCCCUUACCACUGCACAUCUGCUAUUAGAUAAAUAAAACAUCUUCAUCCUCA